AUGUCGUGCAAGUGUUUUCUCUUCGUUUUAAUCAUCACACAGGUCAAAGUGGCUCAUCCAUCGAAGGAUCAAAAUGCUUCAAUCGAUGGUUGUGUGAGCUUCAACUGGACUGAGGAUUUUUUUGCGAGACAUAAGCAGUCUGAGUGGAACGACACAGUGAAUGAGAUCAUAGAAGACUGCCUUUCAAAUUAUUCAAAAGUCAAUGAAACCACUGGUUGUAACGGUCCAAUUGUAAAUGUAACAUUUCCACUCUUUUCUUGCUCUUCAAAUGCUACACUCUUAGAAAGGGAGUUCUCCUCUGUAUUGGUCAUCAAAGAGGAAUCGUUUACCACCGGCCGACAAAUCGUUCACGCAUUUACACAAAUGUGGGAACUUCUUGUUCUUUGCAUAAUAGCUGCCAUGCUGUCAGGAAUUGUCAUUUGGUUUUUGGUAGGUAUUCCGAAGUCUUUUUGUAUCCUUACAAAAGUUGAUCGUCUGAAUUAUACGAAUGGCAAAGGUUGGUGUUGAAUCGACUCAACAUUCAUGGGGAUAUUAAGGAUGGUUUUUUUUUCUUUUUUCUGAUACUGACAAUGAUAAGUAUACCUUUCCGUCUGAAACUUUAUGAUUGCACUGACAGUGGUAAAAUAUUUCAGGGAGUUGAAAGAGAAAUUGUAAUCCACAUGAACAAAAGCUAAUCGAAUGGUUUUUAUAUCAUUUUUUUUUUUUUUUUAGUUUCUAUUUGAAUGUGUUAACUGUCUUUGCUUCAAACUGGAAAGUUUGAAGGAUGCGUCAUGUCACUGACAGUUGUUAAAUUCAAGCUUUGUUCAAAGAUCUUCAUCUCCGGAAUCAUUACGGAGGAAACCUAAGAAAUGUACCAUAAAAGUGGCAGCGACGAAAUAAAAGUCAAUUGAUAUGUACGAAAAAAGUUUUUCAGGCAAGUUUCCCAUUUCUCGAAACGACUGGUAUCAGUAAAUAGGAAAAUAGCGACUUAAUCUAAAUAGUCCAAACGAAGCAAAAAAAAACAAAAAAUUGCUUCAUGAGUUAAUCAUCAUAUCCUAUACAAAUUCUUUACGGCACCUGUCGCCUCACUUCAAAAACAGUUUUGGAACACAGACCAAAACUGACGACAUUAUCAACAGAAUAUCGACAUAUUUAUAUUCAAACCUCGUGUAAUGCAUAAAAUUUCUGCGGAGAUUUCAUCGGCUCACUGGAGGUUGUUCAUACUCUGUACUGCAUUACUUUCAUGCGUUGCUCACUUAUUUCUCAGAUUCAUCAAUUUGAAACAGGAAUUUGUUCAGUUCGUAAAAGAAGACUUAAAUAAGUAUCGCGUGUCCUUUGAGAGCGUAUUUCGAUAGUUGUCGCCACCUGCGCAUAACAGUUGUCACUGUUCUUUAGUUUCAAAAACAAUUAACCUUUUUACAGGAUCACAGAGCAAAUUCAGGUCAUUUUCCAGACUCGUUUUGGAGAGGUGUUCAAGACGGAUUGUGGUGGGCAGUGGUUACCAUGACAACAGUCGGGUAAGAGACUGCAAACUUUAAUUUUGCAUGAUACUCUCUCUUGCCAUACAAUGUAGCCGACUUAUCAUGACAACAUUUUAUAAUUAACAAAUUGAUUAUUACAUGUACAGGUGUGUGAGCUCGACAUUUCUUUAAUGUGAUGGUCGAUGAUGGCGAGGCCCGAGUAAACUAUCACGGAUUGAAAUUAAGUGCGCAUAGUCUAGUUAUUUUAACAUAAAUAAUGUGUAUGAAAAAUAACACUCUGUUUGUAUUUUUUUUUUCAUCACUGACAUGGUAGCUAUGGUGACAAAGCUCCUAAAUCAUCGCUGGCUCGGAUGUAUGCUUCAUUGUGGAUGAUCAUCGGAAUGCUGUUGAUGUCAACCAUUACAGCCCAAAUCUCCUCGUCCAUCACUGCUGAUGGACUUCGUCCCCUUAAUGAUGUGUUUGGAUCUAAGGUAUGAAACAGCGUUUGAUAAUUUUUUUCAUGACAUUCAAAUUUCGUGCGUCAUGAGAGAUUUUGGAAUCUCAUUCGCUAACGAAAGAACAUUCAUGGCCUAUAGCAAUCGACUUCCAUACGUCUGUGAUUUCGUCCUCAGACUGGCAAAGAAAAUUUGUAGCACAUUUUACAUUCCAUUUUACGAUCGAUAUAAUUCGCCAUUAUGGGUGUUGUUGUUCUUUCAAGUCUAAUUGUCAUUAUUAUCACUAUUCGUUUUGCUAGUUAUUUUGUUAUCAACUCUUUUGUGUUUUUCCAUCUUGUCUAACCGACUUGAAAUAUAGAGGUGAAACUCUUAAACUUCUUCUUCAUCCCCCCUCCGGGCUCUCAACCCCUGAUAGUAUAUUUACCGAUACUCAAUGGUGCAUAUCACAUCAGUCUUUGAACCUUGGUUAGAAACACCAAGCGCUAGGAAAGUGAUGUUAUGAAUUAGUCUCGUAACCAGACCUUUCACAACCAACAUACAUUUCAGUUAAAUUAAACAGUAGGAUCUGGUUACGAGAUUAGCUAUGAGUAACAGUUGUGUAUUGAUGGAAUUCGUCGCAGGUUGGUAUUCCCUUGGGAAGUAGAAAACUCUUUGAGAAAUACAACCAUGGAACCAACAUCACAGGUGCGUUGACUUCAAAACUCCAUUUUUUUUCUUGUGUUUCUUUGUUUAUGUUGUUAUUGUUGCCGUUUUUGGAUUGGCCUAGUGGCACUCCACUGCUGCUUAAUACAGUAAGAAUCUCCUUUACCACCUCCCUUUAAGCGCUGCUUAUUGCAUUGCGUAAGCUCAGCGGACAGCUCAUUAAAGGUCUCUUAAUAAUGAUCAUUCCUAGGUCAAUCCUUGGAUCAGGUACUUUAAGUCUGUGAGAUUCAUUUUAUUUUGAGAUGCGUCCUUAGCUAUUUCUCUCAAUCACAAAAUUAUAGCAACAAACAAUGUAGAUCAGAAACCUUAAGUCCUACAAACGAUUUGAGAAGUACUGAAUCAGACGGAACCCAAGCAAAGCAGACACCAAGGAUAUUAAUUUUACCCCCAAGGGGAGGGACAAAUGUAGCUUCUUCUUCUUUAUCCAUAAGGGGGUGGGAGGGGAUGGGGGGUUGCAAACAUCGUUGUACAUAUGCUGGAGGGAUUCGCCGGGUCAUCCCCGCUAACGGGAUGGCACGUGAUAAGAGGACUGGUACUAGCAAUUAUCAGAUGUAAGGUAAUUUAAUGAUAAGGGUAUGUUUUAUAUCAACAAAAAUACUUCUUUCAUUCCGACUGAUUUCAAAACAGAAUAUCCCACAGAACGCGAACUCCUAAACGGCUUGAUGGAUGGUAGUGUGGAUAAAAUAUGGCUGUUCGACUGUGGUACCAAAGAAAUGAAAAAACAAUUUUCUCGUUUGACGAUAGUCGACGAAUCGAUAGAAUAUUUGAGCGUCAGGGUGGGUUUUGCGGCAAAAAAGGGAUACGAAGAUAUUGAAAAUUGUUUACAAUGGCGAGCUAAGGCAUGGAUGUACGGAGAAAGGGCAACAGGACAGAUGGAUGAUUACGGCUGCGACUAUGAAGACGAGGAUUGGCAGGUUUGUAAACAACUGAAAUACGCUAAGUAUUUUAUGUUUCGAUCGUGGUGAUAGGCUAAAAUUGCUUGGCGUAUCCAUUAAUGCGAGGAUGAAGAUUCAUGUAAAUCGUCAUGAUCGACUUGAUUACCGGGAAUCUCAUUUCUAGGGUGAUUAAAUUCACCUGCAGUCGAGAGGUCUUCCCAUUGCCCCGCGAUUUUCUAUGUCCAUCAACACAGGCCGCUAAUAAAGCUAACCCAUCAUGUAAUCCGUAUUAAUAUUUAUCCUGUUCAGUUAGGGAUCAGAAGAACAAAAACUUGUAUUGUAAAAAGGGGAUGAAUGCAUCAGGUACUCUUGAUAUGUUCGGCGUUAGAAUCCAAGCCGACCGAGUAAGAAAUUCUUCGCUAAGCGGAGAGAAAACUGAACCUCUGUUGUUUCAAAUAGCCGUUCUUUAUUAACUUAGACGCCAAAAAUUUAAUCUCUAACUUCAAGGAAUUCAUUUAAGCUGAUUCAGUUUAGAGACGCCAUAACCUGAUAUUUUUGGUGCGAGGUACUGUGGACCGAGGGUCUGAGUUCCAUCCCAGGCCCGUUUAUUUACUGCGAAUUUUCGAUUUGUAACAAUCAAUUUUCAGGUAGAAAGGGAGACUUAACGAAUUCAGAAUAAUAAACUUCUGUCAACUGAAAUUUGAGUUCACGUUGAGAUGCCAUACCCAUAGCUGCUUCUCGCUGUGAAGAAGUAUAAUUUAUAAAUUAGGUUGGACGUAGAAGUUCUGAAGAUCGAUAAUUCAGAUACCUUGGUGUAUUCUUUUCUUCUCAGUUUUCCUGUUUUGAAAAGUACAGCCAUGGAAAAUACCGAUAUGAUAUGAAGCAAAGGUCAUCCAAGGACGGAAUGGAACCCUUCCACUUCAUUUUACUGGCCUUUGCUGGUAUUCUUGUCACCUUCCUGCUGAUUGGUUCCCUGAGGAAUACUUGCAUAAAGAAGAGAACGACACCAGAUGGUCUGUAUCUUUCCACAUUAUUUUUGCAUUUUAUUUUCUUCUGAUAGAGAUUUUUUCCAUAAAAAUACGAAUACAUAUCAGGAGAUGUUCAAGUAAGGAGCCUCAAUUUUUCAUAUAAAGCGUAUUUCAAAAGUAAAAUCCAUCUAAAGCAAUUGUUAUAAAAGAGGUAGCUGGUUUCUCCUGGACAAGAAAUGACAGGCCAAAGAAGAAUGCUGAUGUUAGAAAGUUUUCGCUUUCAGUUUAGCGAUGGCUUGCGAACAUGCGGAAAAUUUUCCCAAGUACAACGGAAUUUGCUACUUACUUAACUGACCUCUUCUGUUGUUGUUGUCGUCGUUUUUGUUGAAUCAGUGGUACUUGUUAUCAUCAUGUCACUUUUGUUCUAUAUUCACCCAAAUGACGGUACGGUUGCCAGAGCCCCUUCAUAUCCUCCCCAUUCUUCUCCAGGCCAAUAUCUCAUGGGCAAAAAUUUACCAUUAUGCGAAUACACUGGCCAGCAACACCUGCGGCCGCGUCACAUCGAAAACUUGCCCAAUUAAAACGCCGUUUCCCAAGGAGAACUAACAGAUUGAUGUUAUGUUUGUAUUUCAGACGUUGAUAUCGAAAAAGGAGUGUUUAACCCCAAACUGAGGGCGAGUGUUACUAGCGCAGUGCACAUGAAGGAACUCUCAGCACCAUGGAGUAACUAUUACUUAGAGAAAUACGCUUCUGAAAAUAUAACGCAUUAG